UAAAAUGGCCGUGUCUCGCGGAGCCUCGUGCUGGUUAGAUCGGAUUCUCGCUCCUACUCUCCUUCUGUAACAGAGGCACUGUGCACACAUUUUGUGCCCGUUCAAUUCAUUCCUGGGGUCCUCAUUUAUAUUAAUCACGUAACUUUUUUUUUUUUUUUUUUUACUUAGAAACUGGAAAGAAGACCGGGUCCGGUCUGGAGGUAGGGGUGGGGAGGAAUGAUCCGGGACACAGCUACAUUGUUAAAAUAAUUGUAUUUAUAUCCAGUGCUGUUUGGAGCUCGAUUGUGAGAACUACCUCCUUUUAAAAGAGAGGGAGAGGGAGAGAGCGAGUGAGUGUGUGUGUGUGUGUGUGUGUGUGAGAGAGAGUGUGUGAGCGAGAGAGGGGGGAAUAAUGGCCGCUCAGGUCGCUGCGCUCAGCCCGAGCCCAGCCGCCGAACUGAAGAAACCGGACAGAGACGCGCAGGAAGACUCGAUAGCGGGAGAGACGCAGCAGGAAAUCAAGGAUAACGGCGGCUCUCCUGGACAGAAAGAGCUCCAGGACGGCACGGAGGUAGCUAAUGCACCGGGAGGAAGAAGAGGAGGAGGCGGUGGAGGAGGAGGAGGCGGAGGAGGGGACCCUGACAUGAAAAACGGCAACGACAAUUCGUCCCGGAUGAACAACAGUAAUAAUAACAACCAGAACGAUCUAGACGCUAACAGUCACCCAGGCAUUGCUCAUCACCACCCGAGUGUUUUCCCUCCACCACCAUACGGCUGCAACCAGCACUACAACCGGGGCCCUUUUCAUCAACAUGGCGGACAACAAAGCCCUGGCAUGGCACCGGGCAGUAUAAUGGAGCCUUAUCCGACAAACUCACACGAUCACGGCUUCCCCAACCACUACAACAACUAUGGGCCAUUCCCAAAUCGGACUCAAUAUCAGGGCCAAGGUUAUGGCAUGAAUUCCCCGCGCACUAACCAGGCGAGUCAGCCAGGCAAGCAGCAGCAGCAACCAGGAGGAACUCUUAUGGCGGGUUCGUAUAAUAAUCAGAGGUAUAACAUGAGCAACCCUCAGCCAACCCCGACCCCAACUUUAAACCAGCUUCUGACAUCACCCAGCGCCACCAGAGGCUACCAGAAUUACCCACAGAAUGACUAUAACAGUCAGGACGGGACGAGUAAAGGAGCAGGGGACAUGGGCAGCACUAAUCACUAUGGAGGGGGUCAUCCGCCCUGGCAACAAAGAGGCCAUCACGCGCCCCCCAUGAGCCCGGGGAACACUGCACACGCGCUCAACAGGAACCAGACCCCAAGCCCAAUGGACCAGGUGGGGAAGAUCAGAAGCCAGCAUUAUGGAGCAGGAAACCCUUAUUCUCAACAGCAGGGGCCACCACCAGGGGCUCAGCAAGGGCCUCCCUUCCCUGGUCAAGGCUAUGGCUCCCCAGGACCACAGAGAUACCCAAUGACCAUGCAGGGACGCACCCCUGGUGCUAUGGGAGGCAUGCAAUACGGACAGCAGAUGGGUUAUGGACAACAAGGCCCAGGAGCUUAUGGCCAGAGCCAAGGAGGCUACUAUGGUCAGCAGAAUCCUCUUACUCCCCAUGGAGGCCUUCAGCAGGGUUCAUACCCUCAGCAGCAUUCCAGUGGCCCAGGCUCCCAGCAUCCAUAUUCACAACCUCAGUCAGGUCCCCCUCUGUCUCAGGGUGGGCCUCCUUACUCCCAACAACCCCAGGGCCAGUCUUCAUAUCCCCAGCCUCCACAUUCCCAACCACCUUAUCCCCAAUCCCAGGCUCUUUCUCAGUCCCAGGGUACACCUCAGUCAGCUCAGGGCUCUCAGCAGCAGCCUGGAUUCCCUCAAGCAACGCCUGGUUCCGGGCAACCUCCUCCUGCUCCUCCUCCUACUCAACAGCAGCAACAAGGCUCAACUCCACAGCAGUCCAAUGUAGGGCCUCCUCAGCAAUCCCAGCAGCCCAUGGGUCAUGGUCCUCCACAGGGACACCAGCCCUCACCCUAUUCACAAACCCCACCAACACAGGCUCAGCAGCAGACACCCUUCCAGCGCUUCCCACCUCCACAGCAGGAGCUAUCCCAAGACUCCUUCAGUUCCCAUGCUUCCGGUUCUACCUCGAACCAGCCCAUGGCCUCCAGUAAGAGUGGUACAGAGGACAGCAUGCAGGGCCGUCCUUCAAGUCUGCCAGACCUGGGCUCUAUCGAUGACCUGCCCACGGGUACGGAGGGUGCGCUGAGUCCGGGGGUCAGCACAUCCGGUGUCUCCAGCAGUCAGGGCGAGCAGAGCAACCCAGCUCAGUCGCCUUUCUCCCCACACACCUCGCCUCACAUGCCGGGCAUCCGUGGACCUUCGCCAUCACCCGUGGGCUCGCCUGCCAGUGCAACGCCUUCUCGCACAGGACCCCUUUCACCUGCUGGAAGUCAGAUGCCUCCCAGACCUUCCAGUGUUCAAUCAGAUGGAAUCUUGCAUUCUUCCAUAAACCAGUCUGCUGUGGGCCAGGAUAGAGUCUUCAUUCGGAACACACAGAUGCCUCCUUAUGGCUCUCCUCAGCCUGCUUCUGCCUUAUCCCCACGCCCGUCAUCUGGAGGCCAAGUGCAUGCUGGGAUGGGUCAUUAUCCUCAAAACAACUCUAUGGGCAAUUAUGUGCCACAGGGAGGACAAUAUGUUCCUCAAGGCUACCCGAGGCAGCCAGGCUAUAGUGGCAUGACUGGUCCUAACUAUCCUGGUGGUCCAAGCAUGGGCAGCCCUAUGAAUCCCAUGUCAGGACAGGGAGGAGGGGGUGCGUAUAGCGGUAUGCCUCCUGGGCGCAUGGGUCCAGGGCAGAUGGGCUCAAGGCCGUACGGUCCUGGCAUGAGUCCCAACAUGGGUGGCAUACCACCUCAGGUGGCUUCAGGCAUGUGUCCUCCACCUGGCAUGAACAGAAAACCCCAAGAUCCAACCUCAGCAGGCAUGCACCCUGGUCCAUCUAACUCGAUACAUAGGCCUCCUGGUUAUCCUGCUAUGACCCAGGGGAUGAUAGGAGCUGGGUCUCCGUAUGCACCGCCCAUUAACAGCAUGCAUGGAAUAAUGAACCAGGCAGGGCCGUACCCCAUGGGAGGCAACGUGGCCAACAACUCAGCAGGUAUGGCACCCAGCCCAGAGUUUGCCAUGGAUAAGGUUAACCAAAACCAGAAAACAAAUAAUAAAGCUGAUGGGACUCCUAAAACUGAAUCAAAAAAGAAGUCAAAUUCAUCCACCACCACAAAUGAGAAAAUAACUCGGCUGUAUGAGCUGGGUACUGAGCCAGAGAGGAAGAUGUGGGUGGACCGUUACCUGGCCUUUGCUGAGGAGAAAGCCAUGGGCAUGACCAACCUGCCGGCAGUGGGCCGCAAGCCUCUUGACCUAUUUCGUCUCUAUGUGUCUGUUAAAGAGAUUGGUGGCCUUACACAGGUGAAUAAGAAUAAAAAGUGGAGGGAGUUGGCGACAAACCUGAAUGUUGGGACCUCCAGUAGUGCAGCUAGCUCACUAAAGAAGCAGUACAUUCAGUGUCUGUACGCGUUCGAGUGCAAGAUUGAGCGUGGUGAGGACCCACCUCCGGAUAUUUUCAACAAUGACCCCAAAAAGAACCAGGCGAAGGUACAGCCACCCUCUCCAGCGGGAUCUGGAUCUUUACAGGGCCCUCAGACUCCACAGUCGACUAGCAGUUCCAUGGCUGAAGGAAACGAUCUGAAACCCCCAACCCCUGCGUCAACACCCCACAGCCAGAUGCCUCCUAUGCCUGGUGUGCGGAGCAGUGUGAAUGUUCAAGACCCGUUUGCUGAUGGUGGAGACCCUGCCUUUGCUAGACGGAGCUCGAUGACGCCUAACUCCGGCUUCCAGCCCGGAAUGGGGGGCCCACCUGAUAUAAUGAGUCGCUUAGGUCCAUAUGAGCCUAAUAAGGACCCUUUUAGUGGUAUGAGGAAAGCUGGUGAGCAGUUCAUGAAUCCGGGACAAGGCCCCAGCAGUGGAAUGAGUGAACAGUAUAACCGAGGCCCUCCGGGACCUAUUGCUAACAUGCAGUUAGGUCACAGACAACAGUACGGACCCUAUGGACCAGGAUAUGACCGGAGACAAGAGCCAGGCAUGAGUCCAGAUGGCAGUAUAGGUCCUGGAGCCCCACAGCCAAACACCAUGCCCUCUGGUGCUGACACAGGGAUGUAUUCACCUAAUCCACAGCAGCAAAGGCAUGAUUCCUAUGUUAAUCAGUUCCCUGGCCAGAGUGCACCCUCUAGUGGACAAUACCCAAAUCAGCAGCCUGGAAUCUACCCACAGCAGACGAAUUACACGCAAAAGAGGCCCGGAGAUGGUGGUUAUGGUCCCCCAGCAAAGCGUCAUGAGGGGGAAAUGUAUCCAUUCAGUGGCCAGCAGCAACAGGGCCCUCAACCCUCAGGUGGACCCCAACCCCAACAGGACAUGUACAACCAGUAUAAUACCUACCCUGCCACAGAUCGACGUCCACCUGUUCCACAGAGUCAGUUCCCGUUCGGUUUUGGACGGGACAGGGCGCCUAAUGCCGGAGGUGCUAACUCUCAGUCCUCCAUUCCACCGCAGAUGAUGGGCAGCCCCUUGCCCUCUGUCCCUGAUGGCCCCCAAGGUCCCAUGUGGCAAGGCAGAAAUGACGUGAACUUUCCCAACUAUCCCAGUCGUCAGGGACCUCCCGGAGUUCCAACUCAAGGUCCAGGGUACCAUGCCACAAAUCGUUCUGAAGACAUGUUACCUUCAGACCAGCGAAUGAAUCAUGAAGGUCCAUGGCCUGGUCAUGUCAACCAGAGGCAGCCUCCUUAUGGACCUGGUGGUUCUGGCCCACCCAUGUCUAGAACACUGCAGUCCAAUUUUCAGUCCACUCAAAAUCACAUUCCACAGGUAUCAAGUCCAGCGCCCAUGCCAAGAACCAUGGAGAACAGUACAUCACCCAGCAAGUCCCCUUAUAUGCACACUGGGAUAAAGAUUCAGAAGGCUGGACCUCUAGUCCCAGCUGUACACACAGCCCCAACACCAGUACAGCAUCCCAUGAUAAGGAGAGACAUAGCCUUUCCUCCAGGGUCAGUGGAGGCGACUCAGCCCAUCCUCAAACCACGCCGCCGACUCAUGAUGAAAGAUAUUGGAACACCGGAAGCCUGGAGAGUCAUGAUGUCCCUCAAAUCAGGAUUGCUGGCAGAGAGCACUUGGGCUUUGGACACGAUCAGUAUUCUUCUAUAUGAUGAUAAUAGCAUUUCUACCUUCAGUCUGUGUCAGCUUCCUGGUUUCCUUGAACUGAUAGUGGAGUACUUCCGUAGAUGCCUCAUUGAAAUUUUUGGCAUCUUGAAAGAAUAUGAGGUUGGAGAUCCUGGGCAGCGAACACUGAUUGAUCCAGAUGCUGCCGAUUCGGAUAUGUCUGAUGAAGAAAUUCCAGAAAUAGGACAGAUGGAGGAAGAAGAGGACAAAGAGGAGAAGAGUAGCCAACACUCAUUACAGAUCCAAGUCAAGCUUGAGAAGGAUGAACUUAUACAUGAAGAGAAAUCCUGUGAAAUGUCUGAAAAAGAGAAGGAAGGAGAAAUAUCUUCAUCUAAAGAGCAUGAGUUAUCCAGUCCCUUUCAGGACAGUAGUGCAGUACAGGAAAAGCUCAAACAGGCUAGCAAAUUUGACAAGCUUCCCAUUAAGCUAGUGUGGAAGAAAGACCCAUUUGUCAUUGGUCACAUUGGCAAGUUGGGCCGGCGACAGACUUUUGACAGUGGGCUGAUUCAUUGGAGCGUUGGUGGAGGUGACACCACGGAGCACAUCCAAACUCACUUUGAGAGUAAAAUGGAGCUGCUAAAACCUCAUAAACCUGUCAAUACAGAGGCACUUCCCUUAGCGGAACUGGUUAAUGAGAACCAAAAUAAGGAUGAGAGAAUCAUACCACACCAGCAAAAUGAGCAGCAAACAGAGUCUCAGCCUUCCUCAGGCCAACCACUGGAGGAGAAAAACACCACAGCUAUUGCUAGUGCAUCUGCUACCAUAAUGGCCACUGUUGAUGAUGUGCUGUCUGGUUGGUCGGCAUCAGUUGCUGAACAAUCUGUGCAGAAUUGCAUAGAGAAGGAGGAGGAGAAGAACAAGUUCCUGUUUGGGAUUGACCCAUCACAGCAGAUCAGCAGCAUUAAGAUCCUUGAAGACGAGCCACACAGCAAGGAUGAGUCCCCAUUGUGCACGUUGUCAGACUGGCAGGACGCAUUAGCCCGGCGCUGCAUAUGCGUCUCUAAUAUUGUCCGCAGUCUCUCCUUCAUCCCUGGCAACGACACUGAAAUGUCCAAACACCCAGGCCUGCUGCUUAUACUGGGCCGUGUGGUACUUCUGCACCACCGGCAUCCUGAGCGCAAGGAGGCUCCUGUUACCUAUGAGAAAGAGGAAGAGGAAGAUGAUGGAGUCCGCUGUGAGCAGCAUGAAUGGUGGUGGGACUGUCUGGAGGUUCUGCGAGAAAACUGUCUGGUCACGUUGGCAAACAUCUCUGGCCAGUUGGACCUGUCCAUGUACCCAGAGAGUAUCUGCCUUCCACUGCUGGAUGGUCUUCUCCACUGGGCUGUCUGCCCCUCAGCAGAAGCCAUUGAUCCUUUCCCUACAUUGGGGCUUAAUGGAGCAGUUUCUCCUCAGAGAAUGGUUCUUGAGACCCUUAGCAAACUCAGCAUCCAGGACAAUAAUGUUGACCUCAUUCUGGCCACUCCACCCUUCAGUCGCCUGGAGAAAUUCUACAGUUCACUGGUACGCUUAAUUGGUGACCGUAAGGUACCUGUGUGCCGGGAGAUGGCAGUGGUGCUGUUGGCCAACCUGGCCCAGGGUGACAGCCUGGCAGCUCGGGCCAUUGCUGUGCAGAAAGGCAGUAUAGGGAACCUCCUGGGGUUUCUGGAGGACAGUCUAGCAGCCACACAGUUCCAGCAGAGCCAGGCUUCACUGCUGCAUAUGCAGGGGACACACUUUGAACCCACCAGCGUGGACAUGAUGCGGCGGGCUGCCCGUGCCCUGCAUGCCCUCGCCAAAGUAGAGGAGAACCACUCCGAGUUCAUGUUGUACGAGUCACGGCUACUGGACGUCUCUGUAUCCCCCCUCCUGAACUCAGGAGUGUCCCACGUGAUCUGUGAUGUACUGUUUCUGAUUGGCCAGUCAUGACAGCUGUGGGGCUGAGCUUUGUCCCCCUUCUUCCUUUUAAACCCCUCGAAUCUGUGUGAAUGGAGAAAUGUAACAGCGAAAACUGACUGUCCUUUUUUUAAUUUAUGCAAAAAUCACCUCAAAUUCCACUGAUUGCUCUUUCUACCAUGCUUCUUUCUAAAGGAAGGAUUUCACAAAGUGGAUUUAACACUUAAAUAAAAUGAAGAGAAACUAAUGUGGAUACAUGACUUAUGACCUUGGGAGAGUGUGAUGCCAUUUUGGAAGGAUGUUUUUUUUUUAAUUAAAUGAAAAGUAGAUUUAAAAAAUAAAAAAAGAAAACAAAACUAACCAAAGUUGCUGUCACAUUUACAGUGAGUUUGGGGAAUAAAGGUGCCCAGUGGUCCUUUUGGUUUACUGGGCUGGCAGGCACCAUUGUCUAGUUCUUGUUUGGAGGCUGUACAGUUUCAGACUCUUGUUUGUGCUAUAAAUUGUAACUUGGAUGAUAUAUACACUGAGCCCAGGGACCAGGUCAUUGGCUGUGAAGAGACAUCUGUAAAUGGAAGGCCUGUACAGUAGAUUGUAUGACUUUUUUUGUACUGUACACCUUAAAGUGACAAGCUGUAAACAUACUGUAAUAAUAAAUACUGUUUCACACUGAGAUAAUGCUGACUUGGCAGCAAAACUGUAGUUUUUAAAAUGAUUUUCAUUCUUAUUUAGAGAGAGGGGAAAAAAGGCAUUCUUCCCCCAAAGUAUCGUGUACAACACCCCGACCUCUUUGUCCCUUGAUUGUAUGACUUGACCCUCAAAGAAAUCACCUCUUAGGACUGGCCUUGAGCUUCAGAUGCAGUCCAGACUGCAAUGUAAAUAAUGAUGUACAAUAUACUUUGCUCUUUCUUUCUCUCUCUCUGUCUCUUGCUCUCUCGCUCUCUCACCUUAUUGCGCUCUUCACCAUUUUUAAUCUUUGAUUAAUUAAAGAUUACACUCAAGAUCUCUUCA